UCAUUCCCCGGAUGCUGCCCUGAGCUUUAACGUCUCCCGGAUGUGCCUUCAUUUUAGCUGUGAAACAAAAAUGGGUAUGUUAUUGGUUAGCCUCUGGGAAGGAGAGAAAAAUACCAACUUUCUAACGUGUUAAGGUUUUGGUUUAAAUAAUAUUUAGCCAUACGAGUUCAAGCCUCUAUAUGCUGACUGUCCACCGGAUAUAAAUGACAUCUCAAAGAAAAACACAGGAGGCCCGUUCUAGUGAAGUGCUUGGAGAAUAGAAACAAGUGAAACUUCAAAUUGGACAUCACUUUCACGCUGUCGACAGGGAUUUAGCGAGCCGACAUCACCCCUCCCCCCUCCCAGUCCCUGCUGUCCACCACCCCUGGGUGCACAGUGAUGACUUCACAUCAGAAUGACAAUUUCAGUCCUCCCUUGCUCAUACCGCAGAACUCCUCCAGCCAACACGGUAGGCCUCAUACCCAGCCCAGCCAGCUGGAGCCCUCUUCCCACAGUGGCUCCACCGCAAGCAGCAGCAGCAGUACUGGCAGUGUAGCUGCCUCAUCCGCCGUGCACAGAGGAGCCAUGGGGGGUAUGUCCUCCGCCGCCCUGGGCCCCAGCACGAUGACCCUAAACCGGGCAGCCUCCGCCUCCUGUAGUGCCUCCUCCAGGAGAGCUGCAUCUGGGCGCUACGAGCCCUGGCCCGAGGAGGCGGUGGACAAUGCCUACGGGCUGUACUCGCUGCACCGAAUGUUCGACAUCGUCGGAGCGCAGCUGACGAACCGUGAUGUGCGUGUACUCUCCUUCCUGUUCGUGGACGUCAUCGACGAGUACGAGCGCGGCGGCAUCCGCAACGGCCGGGACUUCCUGCUGGCGCUGGAGCGGCAGGGGCGCUGUGACGAGACCAACUUCCGGCACGUUCUGCAACUCCUGCGCAUCAUCACACGACACGACCUGCUGCCCUACGUCACGCUCCGCAGGAGGCAGACAGUGUGUCCGGACCCGGUGGAUCAGUACUUGGAGGAGACAUCGGUGCGCUACGUAUCCCCCAGAGGCACCGGUGAAGACAGAGAAGGCACGUCACACAGAAGGACAGGGCCCCAGCCCCUAAUAUGCUGCUCCCCCUCUGGGCCCCGUGUGUGCCCCCCGCGUGCCAAACCUGGACCCUCGGCCCCCAGCCGCAAGAGGAAGAGGGCCCACUCCAGUGCAGACUGUCGGGAGAAGCAGACGUGCGACAUCCGGCUGCGUGUGCGCGCAGAGUACUGCCAGCACGAGUCGGCGCUGCAAGGCAACGUCUUCUCCAACAAGCAGGAGGCGCUGGAGCGUCAGUUUGAGCGUUUCAACCAGGCCAACACCAUCCUGAAGUCGCGUGACCUGGGCUCCAUCAUCUGCGACAUCAAGUUCUCGGAGCUGACCUACCUGGACGCCUUCUGGCGGGACUACAUCAACGGCUCGCUGCUGGAGGCCCUGAAGGGCGUGUUCAUCACGGACUCCCUGAAGCAGGCGGUAGGCCACGAGGCCAUCAAGCUGCUCGUCAACGUGGACGAGGAGGACUAUCAGGCCGGCCGCCGUAAGCUGCUGCGGAACCUCAUGGCUGGCGGAGGUGCCGCCGCCGCUGGUGCCGUCGCUGGGGGUGGUGGUGGAGGAGGUGCGACGGGCGGUGGGAGUGGGAGCAGCGGGGUAGGAGGAGCCAGUGGGAGCAGAGAGACCACGUCGUAGUAUUGAACAGCACGGAAUGUUUCUCUUGUGGGCUGGGUGGGGCAGGGGAAGGGGAAGGGGGUGGCACUGUGAUGUCAGGAGAUGGUGACGGGGGACGUUGUGGUGGCGAAUGGAGCGGGCAGAUGGAUGGAUGGAUGGAUGGAUGGAUGGAUGGAUGUCGUAGUAGAUGCAAGAGAGGAGCUAGUCGCGGGGGAGGUGGUGUUGCACACUUGAGGGCAAAGGUAUGUGUGUGGUAGUGAAGCGCAGUGCAACCAGUGACUGAAGGCAUGAAGCAUAGUGUGGAACUGAGUGCCGGGCUCCAUGUUGACUUUGAGUUGUUUUGAAGACCUACAGUACAGAAGGAGUUGUGUGGAAGGGUAGCCAAGGGAUAUUGAGACGUUUGGAACGUGGAAGCUUUUUGUUUUGGCUUUCUUUAUUCAGUACAGCGUGACAAUAUUUCUUUUCUUUUGUAACCUAAAUCAUGAAACAAAUUCACUACACACAUUGUCAUUUUGUACUGCCCAGUAUCUCGCAACUGUUCCCAAAUUAUUUUGUGGAUUCAUGGAAUUGAGAUGUUUCUUUUGACCGCGUUGCUUUAGAGCGAAGCUUAUUUACCACAAUAUUUUGGAUUUUUGUAUAUGGAAUUCAUUUUUUAUAUAUAUACCAUCUUCACAUGUGUUUAUGUGUUAAAAAAAAGAGUAUUCUCAUAAGUGCUUGUUAGGUCAUCCUUUGUAUGAUUCAAGUCCCGUGACACUCCAGGGUACGUUCUACUUUAAAACAGCGCUAGGUUCCUUUUGGUUUUGUAAAAUGAGAAGAACAUGUUGUGCCGAAAGUGACUCCUCAGGACAGGGGCUCAAGGUGGCAUGUUUGAGAGUUGUGCAAGCAAAAUGCCUUUACGUACAUGAGCCAGAGGCUUUUUCCGCACACAUAUAGUGUAACAGUUAACCAGGUGAAUGUUUGAAAGUUUCAUAAUUUGGGGUCAGAUGUGGUAGAGGUGUAUGUGUGCUCAAAUUGACAGAAUGAGUCGACAUUGAGGUUCUUAUCCUAAGAGCCAUCCCCCCCAGGAACCCCACAGACAUUUCACUACGCCCAAUAGGCAGAUUAUAUUGGAUGUUGGAUGAGAAGUAAAAAAAGGCAAAUGAUGCCACACCAGUCUCUUAAAAAUGUUGCAUUUUUAUGGUUAAGGGAAUAGCGUGAACACAUUAAUGGUGAAGUCCAAUGAAAGAUGUUGACUGGUGUGGCAAGAGACACACAUUAUAGUAGGCACACAAACACACACAGGUCGGUUUUGAAGGACAGGAUUUAUUUGGACCAAAUCCAGCCCCAUUGUAUAUGCUGUGGCCUACUUUUCUGUCUUUAUUUCUUCUUUUGAAUGGACAGUAUUAGCUUCUUGGCACGUCCAGGUUAUUUAUAGAUUUUUCCAUUUGGAAGAUAUUCUCUUUCACUGUCAAUAACCUGCAAUUUCCUUUAAACGUUCAAGUCAUCAUGUGGAACUAAUGGCAGAAAUUAACCUCAAUAAGCCUGUUUGUUAUACAUAAAGUCCUCAUUGGUGAAUCCCUGGCCAGCAUAUGAAACGAUACAAGUCUGAAACUGAACCAAUAUCUUAUUGAUGGGUGGUUAAUGCAAUUGGACCUCAGCUAAAAUCCACAGUUGGCCUAUAAAUAUGGCGAAUAGUUCAGCGCCGGUGCAAAGGUUAUUAUGAUUGUAAGCGUGUCACUCAAGGACGGAUCUAGGGUGAGAGUGGAGUUUUAGUGCACGGGCAGCUCUCUCAGAUGAUUGGGAGCACUAGGGUUUAUUGACGACAAAGGUGGUGAAGUGACAAACUUAGUACUAUUAUUACUAUAUCAACCAGAUGGUACAUGUAAACCAGAAAAGAAUAGGAAUUGCAUUUGUGAUUGUAAGAAGAAACAAAGUCCCUUUUAUUGACCCAUUGAUCACUAGCACUGGGUUAACUUCACCAGGUUAAUCACUCUGCCACCCUUGUAGUAUACCCUCCAUGUGCAGCAUUGAGCGUUUAGUUUCACUGGAAUGGUUGGUUAGCAUGCGUUGGAACUUGGCAGGUUGCCCUGGUUGUCUCUCUCGUCAUACCACCCACAUACUCGAUCUACUUAAGCGUGUGAUAUACCUCUCCAGACGUUCCGCUCCGUUCUGUGUGCUGCACCUGAAAGGCUUUCUUUUUAUUUUAAUUAAUUAAAUUAUUAUUAUUAUUUUUAUUGUUGUUUGUUAUUUUGCAGUUUCAGGCCCUUACAGAAGACGCCGCCGGUCACCUGCGUGUGGUCAGACUUUUUUUGUUCCUACCACUAGAUAAUCUUAAUUAUCCAGAUCAUACCCCUAAUCACAGCGGUCUUCAGAGGUGACCAUAUCAAAGUGUGAUGAUUUUGUUUCAUUUUUAGCUUUUGUUUAGUUUCUUUGGAUUGCUUUGAGCCGCCCCACUGCCCCACCCCUAAAUUGUACCCAGCCUUUCACUUGUGCAAAUCUAAACUUGUUUGCAAAACAAGUGCACAAGUUAAUUGUAUGUUUACCCUUAACUGGCAUAACAAAUAAAUGGCAAGAUUAUUUUGUGAAGUUUUGGAGAGAAAAUAGGCUGUUGCAGCUAAAAUACCAAAGCUGAUGACUGAUGUUCCAGCAGUUGCCUGUUAAGUGCUUGUCAAAAAAAAAGUGUUGAAAAAGAAAAAGAUAUUGAAACAAGAGUGGGACUGGAGGUGGUUUUGGACAUUAAUGACGAUCUCUUGUGUUGUGACUUCCGGUGGCCCGAGGCCACCUGUCGACAUUACUGAAAACUUCACCAUACAAAGGAAAAAUGAUUACUUUUUAUGUUCUCCUAAUGGAAAUAACACAAAUGUUACAAUCUGGUAUCUAUUAUAUAGGUUAUAUGUUCUACCAAUUGUGUUCGAGUGUCUGUCUUUAUAACUUGCAUGUAUAUGAUGUUGAUUCCCCCCACUGAAAUCACAAAGCAAAAAGGAGAAAAAAAGAAAAUCAUUGAAACAUAGCAAACUGUUCUCUGUAGGUUGAAAAAAAAAUUCUAGUUAUUUCUAAUGUUUUUAUUCGUUUUUUCUUUUCCAAGAGGAAGUAAAUUUGGACUGCCAUGAUGAAAAAUGUACUGUCAACUUACUAGAAGAGAUGCCAAGGGAGCACUUUAUUUUUUACGGUUGCAGAUAUUCACCAUUAGUGUCCAUGCAUAGUCAUACACGCCAUUCCGAAGUGUAGGAGAUGUUUGGCAGCAUUCGCCUUAUGUUGCGUUAUGACUUUGAUUUUUGAAUAUUCUUCUUAUUUGUGUUGACCAACAACGAGAUUGUGUCCAGUGAAUAUUUACAUACAUAAUAUUAGACUGAUGCAUUCAAUGUCCGUACAAAAUCAAUAAAACAAGCAGUUAAUAAAAUGA